GGGUGGGGGGGGGGGGGUGGACAAGGGCUGACUCGGACGCAGUGAGACAAGCGGAGAGACACGACGGGGAUAUUCGAGAGGGACGCAGUGAGACACGCGGGGAGGGAGUGACACUGGGACAAGUGGACAGCCGUGAGCCGCUGGAGUGUGAUAGAGGCCACAGGCCACAAGCCAUUGCUCACAUUGGCUGCCCCUCCCCAUGCUGCCGUCUGCGUGAGUAGUAAUAGGUGCUCGCAAACACCACGAUGGCUUCACACAUGAAGUUGCCGUUCAUCAAACAAGAAAUUGAAGAAUAUUCAAGCCCUGGAAUGCCUCGUGAUGUGGCGAAGUUUGAAGAUGUUACUGCAGGUCUGAUUAUUGUCAAAGUUGAAGAAGGCACUGAGAGGUCAGAAGAGACGGGGGAUUACCAAGGAUGUAAGGCCACUGCGGACGAGAAUCAAUUCAAGGUGAAGUUGUCAGAGCAGGACAUUGGUCAAGGAUCUAAAGGGAGACCAGAGGGAACGAGGGAUUCCCAUGAUGCAUUGGCCACUACAGACCAGAACUUCAUUGAGGUGGAGUUGUCGGAGGAUGACAUUGGUCACGAUGACGUGAAAGAAGUGGGACUCGUGUGUGAGGAGUGUGAGAAGGAUUGCGGGAGAGAUUUCAGCAUAACGGCGGACGAUAAGCCAACCUUCUCCAGCCACAUCUUACAAGCCUGCACACGGUGCGGGAAGAAUUUUGAAGACGCCACAUCGUGUUUCAACGCCAAGCAGGAGAGAUGGGAUGCUGUAGGCUACCCACAUUUGUGUAAUAUUUGUGGGAAAGGCUUUUCACACCUUUCCUAUUUAAAGGUGCAUUACAGAACACACACUGGUGAGAAGCCACUCAUAUGCAAGGUAUGUGGGAAGGGAUUUUCCCAGCAUUGUUCAUUAAGGAGACACUCUAGAAUACACACUGGCGAGAAGCCGUACAAGUGUAAGGACUGCGGAAAGGAGUUCAGAGAACUUUACAAUUUAAAAAUCCACUCCGUAAUACACACCGGUGGGAAUCCCCACGAAUGUCGAGUUUGUGGGAGGGUGUUCACACACCGUGUCUAUCUGAAGUCCCAUUCGAGAACACACACUGGCGAGAAGCCACACGUGUGCAAGGUUUGUGAAAGGAGGUUUUCACAGCAGUUCUCACUAAAGAGACAUUAUAGAACACACACCGGUGAGAAGCCGCACGUGUGUAAGGACUGCGGGAAGGGGUUUUCACAAAGUUCAUCUUUAAAGAGGCAUUCGGUGAUGCACACUGCUGAUGAUCUGCGCAUAUGGAACGAGUACGAGAAGGGCAUCGGACAACAAUCCAGUUGAAAAUUGUAUUCUCGAGCACGUACUUAAAAAGAGCGUAAGUUCUAAAAGAUAAAUAGCUCUAUUGUACAUUUGCUAGGAAAGCAGUUGUGUAACAGGUAAACCAUACGAUGCAUUUCUGUUGCUUUGGGAGAAACGAUAAUACCCCCCCCCCCCCCCAAAAAAAAUGCGUGCAUACGCAUGGAUUCUGUAACGCUUCCCUGCACGCGUUUGUCCUCGGAAGAAUGUAAUUGUGAUAACAAAGUUAGCGCGCCUGUGCCAAGCGACUUUAAAAAGUAAGUCGAGAGUCCGCGAUGAGACAAUGCAGCUCGGAUAGCGGCCUGGCCAGGAAAAGGCGUUGGGGGCGGGGGGGCAAACCUUUAAUCGAUUUAUCCGGUUGUGAACCCGAUGUUGAUGUGUCAUUCAUUCAUACUCUUUGGUUCUUUCGGUAAAGUAACGCCGUUACUUGUUGCCUGAUGACGACCGCUUGUGUUGCGAUCGAAACGUCGUGAUUUGUUUUUAUUUUUCUAUCAACGUGACUUUACCGAGAGACCCAAAGAGUGUGGAUUCCUCCAGUCACGAAAGCUUCAAAUCAAGAUUGUUAUUCGUUCAGUUAAAUGUUUGAUUUCCAUGUUUGUUGUACAUAAAGUUGUAUUUAGCCAGUUACCCAGCUACUUUGCAAGGGAGAUCCGUUGUGCAACAGAAUAAGAUCAAAGUGAUCCGUACCGAGGCACCAUCGGAACAGAACGCUUUGGGGGGGUAUAAGAAAAAAAAUAUGCCUAAAGAACAAAUCACAAUACUGUGCGGUGUACGAGAGGUUAUAUCGCGUAAAUAUAAAUGUGUCGUUAAACCCGCCACCACCCGACACGGGGAUCUAACGCAAAAAAAACCGCAUGGAUAAUAUUGGUCGCGAAAGCCAACGUUUUGUGUUAACAAUAAAGCAAACGGACACGUUGCGACUAAAAACAA